AUGGCCGCCCUCCAUCGAAACACCACUGCUGCUACGGGAGUCAGGAUGGGAGGGGUUCAAAUUGCAGCGAUGUACCAUGACCCCUCACCGUUGUGGUCACUUUCCAACAAAGUCCCUGUGGUGCAGCCGUCCCAUGCAGUCCACCCACUCACCCCGCUGAUCACGUACAGCGACGAGCACUUCGCACCAGGACCCCACUCUGGUCCCCACCCCCAGGAUAUGAACAAACAAGGAAUGCAGAGGCAUCACCAAGACAUGUCCAACUUCUACUCCCUGUCUCCUGGAGGAGUCGGGCAGAUCACGCCACCGCUGGGAUGGUUCUCACACCACAUGGUUCCUGGCCCCCAAGGUCCCCACGCCACAGGGAUCCCCCACCCGGCCAUCGUCAACCAUCAGGUCAAACACGAGCCUCCGCAUGAAACAGACAUCAUGCACAUGAAGCCCCAGCACGAACAGAGAAAGGAGCAGGAGCCCAAAAGACCGCACAUCAAGAAGCCGCUAAACGCCUUCAUGCUUUACAUGAAAGAAAUGCGUGCGAACGUGGUGGCAGAGUGCACGCUGAAGGAGAGCGCGGCCAUCAAUCAGAUCCUGGGUCGAAGGUGGCAUGCAUUAACUCGGGAAGAGCAAGCUAAGUAUUAUGAGUUAGCGCGCAAGGAACGGCAGCUCCACAUGCAGCUCUACCCAGGCUGGUCCGCUCGAGACAACUAUGGAAAGAAGAAGAAGCGGAAGAGGGAAAAGAUGCAGGAGUCAGCCCCAGAUGCGGUUUUCUGCAGGUACAGGCCAGAGAAUGAAAACGGCGUACAUCUGAGAAUAUGGAGGGAAACGGAACAAUUUCUCCACAUGCAAAGCGAAGGCAGCAGCUACGGGCCCUCUGCUAGAGAUGGAGGCCUGUUAGAUUUCCAUGAAGACCCUAAAUAUCCAAACUGAAGCCUCCAGUUCUCAGAGGACCCCACCCUUCCCCCUAAACCCCAUCCUUACCCCAACCCCACCUCACCUUUAUUCUUCAACACGGUCACAUGUCACCACCAGAAACCCUCCACUCCCGUCCUGAAGGCGCCUGCUGUAGAGACACUGAACUGAACAAGACAAUCAUGAUUAGUAGGAGCACCAAUCACGUUCUCUCACCGUACAAAAAAAACACCUUUCACUAUCCCAAGGCACUGCACUGAAAAACAGCAGCAUUUCUUUUUUGAUGUACGCACAAACUUCCUCACGGCACCGCCCUCACACCUGUUUCUGAGUUACUGUAAGUUAUUUGUCACCUCGGUUCCUUUGUAUAGUUCAUUAGGCCGACAUUCACUCCCUCAACGCCUCCCCCCCCUUUCUCUCCCUCCCUCUCUGGAUUUUUGAGACCAUUUGGGGUUUCGCCCGACCGACCAAACACCUCUUUUUAGACUGCACUAAGGAAGCCGGAGGAAUCUCAUCUUGUCUACGAAACGUCCUCAAGACGCCAUUUUUAGUUUGUCGCUGACCAGCUGGUGCAAAAAAGCAUCAUUGUUCUGAUUUGCUUUUUCGACUGAAUUUUAUUUUGAAUGCUUUUUUGUAUUUUGAAUCUUUGUUUCAAUUUCUCGGUGUAUAUUUUAGUGAUUUUUUUUUUUUAAUAUUGUUUUUUUUUUUUUUUUAUAUAGUGGUAUAUAUGAAAAUAAGCUUUGGACACAGGAAAGCCACUUUUCUUGUUGAAGCAUCUUGCAGAAAAUUGAAACUUAAGGCUUCUUUUGAUAACUAUUUGUAACAAAUAGUGACCUCGAGUCUUGCUCAGAUGUAAAAUAAUGCUCAGUAUGUGUACUUUUUAAAACUGUCAGGAUAUGUCAAUUUUCUUGGUAUUUUUGCAGGCAACAUUAGGACAAAGGCGAGAGUUAUGGCUCAGAGGCCUAUAUUUUAUUGUUCUAAAACAUGACAAAUGAAGCAGAUAUAUAUAUUUACCCCAGCACUUGGCAGUCUUUCUUUUAUUGCAAUGGACCUUUGUCUUUUCUCUCUGGUAGCUAGUGUGGUCUUUAGCCAUGUCGUUUAUUCCAUGCAAGCAUCUCUGUAACAUUUUGAUUUUAAUGCUCUAUUUUAGUAUUACUUGAUGAAUUCCUUUUUUUAUUAUCUAAUUUUGGGUCACUGUUAUCUUGGUGUAGCAUUUUGCUUCCCAAGUGGUCAUAUUUGAACUGUUUCAACAUGUUUUUUUUGUAAGAAAAAUAAAAAGGCACCGUUGGCUCAUUGAAUCACUCGUGUGGUGGAAAGACCUGAGCUGGAAGUGCCAGAUGUAGCAGUCUGUGUGUCAUCCUUGGAGAUUAUGAUGCAAAUAUGCACAGGCUUUAGUGCUGCGUAUGUAUGGAUGGUGUAAAUCAUGUAAAACACAUUUGAUCUAAUGUUCUAGUCUUUGUGGAAAGACAAGUAAUUUGAAGCACUGAACACAUUUACACAGUAAUAUUGUGAUUUAAAAGAGAAGCCUACAUUAUGCAGCAUACAAACCUUUUAUUAAUUGGGUCUAUAUAAAGGGUGAGAUCCAUUUCCUUCUCCGGUCUUUGUUAAAAUUGGCUUUACACUUUAAAUUCUGUAAAAACUCGUAAGGUAACAAUUACAUUCAAGUAAACAACAUUUUUGAUUAAAGAGCCAAGAUCAAAGGAAGUCUAUUUAUAGACUCAUGUGAAUUGGGCCUCUUGCAUGUCUUCAUUUCAGGUAAAACAGCACCACCUUGUGUUCCUGUUGGAUUAACAGGAAACAUUAAAGAGGGUUAACA